UGAUUCUCCGCCUGUUGUACGGUUGAAAAAUUGGAGACGUUGACGUAUAACAAGAAAAAAUAUUCUUGAUAAUUCCUUAAAAUCGUGAGGACCACGUCGACACUCAUAGACUAGAAAGGAAAGAUGGCGACUUCUGCAGCUACUUCAACCAGCGGCGCAGUUGGGGCAAAUAAAAGGCGAUCGAGUAGUCCUGGUUCCAGGCCUACUUCUGAGCUGGACAGUCGGAGGCCUCUUAGGCUCUUCAUUGCCGGUGCGUCUGGAUCGGGUGCCGGAAAGAGUACGGUCGCGUUGGGGCUUCUCGGGUCGUUACUUCGCGAGGGUCGUUACCGGGCAGACGAGCUCGCGUACAUCAAGCCGUGCACGCAAGGAAUACAACAAACUCUAGUGGCGAAAUGGUGCAAAAGUGUUGGGAUCCGGUGUCGCCAUGUGGGUCCUGUGGUAUUCUUUCGAGGCUUCACACAACACUUCCUCACCGGCGAACUUCCGGCCGCUACAUACGGCAGCGAUCCCAAGCAAUACGCGCAAAAGCUGCAAAGCAUGGUCGAACAAGCUGUUGACGAAUUGUUGUCUCAUUCUGAACGCGGAGAUACAAGACCAACCGAUCCCGAAGAUCAUGCCACCGGGACCGGGAAAGACAGCAUCAUAAAGAGAGCGAAGGCAGCACACGAGGAUGAAGUUGGCGAAGGAAACGAGGAGAAGGUUCACAGAUACAACGGACACGACAGUCCUUAUCGUGCUGCGGGUGCAUGUGGAGAAGGAGCAAAGCAGCGGAGUACUACGGUUAAACUCCUUGUGAUCGACGGUGUCGGAUAUCCAGGUGUCGGCUCUCUCUGUGGAGUCUCGAAUGCCAAAGUUGCCUUACUAUGUCGUGCACCGGUACUUGUAGUAGGAAAAGCGGGCCUCGGAGACUGUAUCGAUUCGUACGCACAAGCGAAAGCAUUCUUCGAGAAAGAGCGCGUUCCUGUACUCGGUCUACUGGUGAACCGAGUCCGCGCCGGCGGCGAAAUGAAAAAAACCGGCUACGUGAAGCACUACUUUAUUGACGAGGAGGAGAAGGGCAAGGGUGUAGAGCAGGGACGAAGUACAACAGGUAGGAGCAGUACGACAAGUAGAAGUUUGAGUUGUAGUCUUGAGAAGCUUUACGGUAUAUUACCUGAAAAUGACGUUUUCGGAAGUGUACCGUUUGAUGGCUACGCACCGCCAGGGGAGCACUCGGCGUGCGCCAUUUCCUUUCGGGCUCCGGAUCCCCGGCAGCUUACAGUUGAUGCCUGCUCUCCGGAGGAACAACGGAUUUGUGACGCACUGAUAGCAAACUUUCAGCAACAUGUCAGCUCGCAAACGGUUGCCUCGUUACUGCGAGACUGUGGGGCCGCAGCUGAACAAAUAUAUAACGGCAACCGCGACUGUGUGAUGUGGUGACGCACUCAUAAGGCAUUUGAAUGUCAAUGUUUCGUUGUAGUUCUUCUUUUGAUAACUCGCUUUCUGAUUGUCACGAGGCUUUUGAUGUAUCUACUAUCAGCCUGUCGGCCUUGCUGCACAUCAUAAAAAAGGCUUGUACAAAUUGGAUCUGUGUUCAACAUCUACUGAGAUUUUGUCUAAAUCAGCCAAGGAGUUGACUCAUGAUAAUUCUGACCAUGAUUCUAUUUUAUGUAGACAACUCAUUGACAUUGCGGAGGUCGAGUACCGAGCCAGAAAGCUCCUGUCCGACAAGUACUAGUAGUAGGAAAAAAGAAGGCACCACAAAGAUAAACAACUCUUGAUAGCCCUUAUUUGAUGAUACCGAUAUUACAACACUUUGAACUAUCUCUCCGGAAGUACUUGUCUAAAACAAGAUCUUCACUUGCUCCGUACGCAACCCCCACCAUCUUCUCUUUUACCAUAGUGAGUCUCCAUAUAGUCAGCCCUCCCAUUGAAAAAA